AAACACACAGUUAAAAGCAUUGGCAAAAUUGCAUAGAGAAAGACAUAGUGCUGUUGUGCUGUUUGUAAGCCAUUGCUAUUUUUCUGAAAAACUUAUUGCUUUGAAAAACAUUAGCAGAUAUAUACUAUACAACCAAUUGCCAGCAGUACUAUAGCUAGUGCUUAACCAUUGGUUUUCAUAUACAGUACAGCAAAAUAAUUUUUCGGGAAAACUGUUGAUUAACCGGUAAAUAAUGGCCAGAGGAAAGACAGCUGCAAAGUCAUCGGCAAAGUCGAAAUCGCCGGCAAAGGCACCGCAACGACGCAAACGUAGCGGCAAAGACCCGAAUGCACCGAAGCGACCACUUUCGGCAUUCUUCUGGUUCUGUAACGACGAACGCCCAAAAGUUAAGCAAACCUUAGGCGACGAUUCAUCCGUAGGCGAAGUGGCCAAAGAACUCGGUAAACGUUGGCAAGUAAUUGCCAGUACCGACAAAAACCGAUACCAACAGUUGGCCGACAAGGACAAGGCUCGCUACGAUCGGGAGAUGGCCUCUUACAACAAGAAGAGCGGCAAAGCGGCCGCUCCCUCGAAGGCUGCCGCUAAGGCAUCGCCCAAGAAGGGCGGCAGCAAGAAGAAGGAGGAAUCUGAACCCGAAGACGAUGACGACGAAGAGGACGAGGAUGAAGACGAAGACGACGAGUAAAUCUGGUGGUUGUGUUGUUGGCGGCUAACGGCUGUUGCGGGCACUGAUUGAAUUGUGGACGACGACGACGUAUAGCGAUUGGGUGGUCAACUGUUUCGGUGACGACUAUCCCAUCCCCUCCGCCACUGUCCUUCAUAUCUACCGCCGCUGCUGCUGACAUCACACACCACACACUCGCGCGCGCGUCUUCAACACACCAAUCAUCACCUCUUUAUUAUUAUUAUUAUUAUUAUCUCUUUUUCUCUUAUAUGAAGACAUUAUAUAUAUAUAUCCUAUUAUCUCAUAAUUAUUAUUAUUAUAAACAAAACAAAUGUCUUAUUAUAAUUAUUAUCUCUCAUUAUUAAUUAAAUAGCAUUCAUAGCGCACUCAAACCACACACUUAUCAUAUUUUUUUCUGUGUUUUUUUUUUGAAAAUAUGAUUUGACUGAUAAAAUAUGAUAUAAUAAUACUAAAUAAUAAAUAAUUUUUUUUUUAGUAACUAAACAACUGUUUUUA